GUCGACAUGUACGGGAAGUGCGGUAGGAUUGGGGAUGCGAGGAGGGUUUUUGAUGCGUUGAAGGGGAGGAAUUUGGUGUGCUGGAAUGCGAUGAUAUCGGGGUACUGCGUGCAUGGUGAUCCGAGAGAUGGGAUUUCUCUGUUUGAAGAAAUGGUUGGAGAUGGUGAAAACUCGGCAGGAAUCAGUCCGGACGAGGUUACUUUUGUUGGUAUCCUGUCCGCCUGUGCUCGUGGGGGGUUUCUUGAAGAGGGGAAUAAGUACUUCGAGCAAAUGACAAGCUUGUAUCAAUUGAAGCCCACAUUUGCGCAUUAUUGGUGUAUGGCAAAUCUCUAUGGCGGCCUUGGACUGAUUCAGGAAGCCGAACAACUGCUAAAGUGCAUGCCCGAGGAGAAAGAAUCGUUGGUUUGGAGCGGUUUGCUUGGAUACUGUAGGUUUCGAGGAGACAUAGAACUGGGAGAACGAAUAGGAAAGCAAUUGAUCGAGUUGGAACCUUUCAAUGGUUCUCGAUAUGCUUUGUUGUGGAAUGUUUAUAUGGCUGCAGGACGAUGGGAAGAUGCGCAGAAUGUGAAGGAGUUGAUGAAGGAGAGAGGGGUGAGAACGAUGACUAACGGCAGGCUUGUUGAUUUGAAUGAAAUCGUGCAUAAUUUUAAAGUUGGGGAUAGAACCAAGCCAGAGAUCGAGAAGAUAUAUGCGAUGAUGGAUGAUUUAGCUGUAUCGCUGAAGUUACCAGGGGUUGCAGUAGGCUCAACUGAAAGCACCAAGCUAGCGGUAGAUUGAAACGGUUUUGAGAUUGAGAUUCUUCAUUUGGUUGUGAUGGAUGAAUCAGCCUUUGGGCUACUGAUCAAAUUUUUUCUCUCCAUAAGAAUGCAUGUGAGUUUUCUUGUGGAAGAUGUAUCUCCUCUGAUUUUGGCAGGAGUCGGCCAUAUUUCCUGUCCGAGUGAAGCUUGAACAGAGAAGAGACAUCCAUUGAAGGGAAUAAACACGAGAUGCGAGCAAAAGUUUUGUAUCCUUGAGUUACCAGACAAGGCAAAGUUUUUGCGGAAAUAAGAAAGAGGAGGUCGAUCUUUCAGAAUUUCAUUGGAAAUGAGAAAUGCUCGAUACAAAAUACAAAUGUGGGAGAAAUCAGGAAGAUACAGGCUCUUUAGCGUGAACUAACUUCCUCAUAGAUCCUUUUGCUUGAGUCUCUGGUGUACAGAGACCUAGAAGUUAAGGGUCUUGUUAGCUCAAAUUCGAGCUGAGAUCGUGUGAGGUUUUGGUAGGUUUUUCUACAGUAUGAUAAUUAUGAUCUCCAGAGUUUUUCUUGUGUCUCCUUGUAUCAUCUCCGAUGCAGAAGUUUGACAACAACAUUUAUUUUAUUUUCAUUUUAUGUUUUGGAUAAUAAUGAGUUAUUUGGUGAAGUAUGUUGUCAAAUAUCUGAAGCUAUAAUAAAUGUAAACUGCCACAGGUCCCUUUUUUA